AAGCCCCACCCUUCUCGUUACCGUUUCUUGAAAGAGUUGAUGGACAGGCUUGGCCUUCUGUGGUUCACUGUUGCCUCGCUGAUAGUCUCCUGGGACUCUGCAUUUGUGCUGCUGAGACCCAAAACUUUACCGGGCGGAGACUGGCACCAUUUCUUCAAGCCAUAUGCACUUUACAUUCAAAUCGACACGAGGUAUGGAGAUAUGACUGAUACUUUUGGAUAUGCUCAAUCUUGGGCUAAUGUUGUGGAGAUUGUCCUAAACUUUUCAACUGUAGCUCUGCUUCUACAGAAAAGCAGGGGAGCCUGGCUGUGUGGAUUUGCUGUGAGCACCAUGACAUUCUGGAAGACAGUCAUCUACAUGAUGCAGUAUUUCGACUUCUGUGCCGGCGGUCACUUGGUCCAACAUCACACUUGGCAGCAAUACCUGGGUCUCUUUAUGAUUCCCAAUGGAAUAUGGGUGGUGGUACCCUUUUACUUCAUGCUGGCUUAUGGAAGAAAGCUUAAAUCUGGGCUAGAUGCCAUAGAUAUAACUGAAAAUAAAAACAAAUCAGAUUGAUGAAUAUGGAUGUGUUAUAAACAAAAUGUGCUGAAAAUGGUUGUAUUAUAUUGGAGUGACAUAAAAUUAUUAUACAAAGUUUCCUCCAUCUUCUCCUACAUGAGGGGGACUGGUACUCAUUUUCUGAAACUUGUCCAUGAGGCUUUCCCCAGAGCCAACAGCCGGAACUGCUCGGUUGCGUCUUCUCUUGUCACGUGUUUUUUUGGGCUGCUCUGUUGCUCUCUGCGGUGGUGCUCUGUUAGAUUUUGCAUGGUGUGAAGAUAUGAUCUCCCCAGUCACAGGAUCUUUACUGGUCUGUUCAACUUGCUUUUCAAUUACAGUAGUUUGAGAAGCUGAGGGCCCUGUUGACUGGAUACCAUUAGGAGUUUGGUGGAAUCGGGGUGGUUUGUUAGGUUUGUUAGAAUGAGAAGAGUGCUGUGGCUUAGGUUUUAGAGGUGGGCGUGAGGCUAUUGAGACAGGACGCUGUAACAGCUCAAAGUUAUCGUCUCCUUCCCUAAGAAUGUCAUACAGGGAUCCUAUUGAUCCCAGAGGCUCGAAAUGCCCUCCUCUUUGAAGGGCAUCAUCUGAUCCAUCUGCAGUGACUUCAACUCCUCAUUUGCAGCUUCAAUUCGUUUUAGAACAUACUUCCCCACAUCUGAAUCAUCAAAGACAGAGCCUACCUCUGAUACCUCUGUACCCAUUGUUCCAAUAGAUUGGUGUCCUGAGAAAGAGCGGGCAUGCGUAGGGUCCAGCGGGGGAGGCUUCUUUUCUGGAGAGCUCUCGUUGCUGAGCUGUGUUUGUGGCUUGGGAACUGAUGGAGUUUCAACUGGUUUUGCAAUUGUUGAGGUUUGUUCUGGAGGGCGAAACUGCUGCUCAUCUUGCUGGUGAAAAUCAAGUCUUCUGAUGUGAUGAUUACCCUGAGGUGUGUGCUGCUGGUUUUCACCCAGAUCCAAGGUUUCUCCCAAGCGGCGUCUCUGACGCUGAGGCUGUUCUGGACUUUGUUCAGGUGUUGUGAAUACAUGCUCGGAUAAAUGUGGUGUUGACGGUGCAAAUAUACUUCCUUCUGUUUGUCCCUGGUUUACGUCCUGGAGCGCAAAGCUGUCUGAUGCGGAAACUUGCGACGACUGUGUCAGCAUCAGCCUGUGUCUGCUGGAUGUCGUUUCUGGUGUCCUGAGCCUCGGCUGCCAGUUGAAUGUUGGACUUCUUCGUGAGGACGCUUGUCUGCGCCGUGGGCUGUAUUUUUUCCUCCGCCGAUAAGCAUAUCGUCCCCCAAUGCAGAUAAUGAGGAGGGCAGGAACUAUAAUGAAGAGGAGAAGGAACCCAGCCCCUCCUGCUGCAAUGGUUACUACGGUUGGAAAAGCGCCUUCUUGUGAAGGUUCGAAAGUGCAUCCACUCUCAACACCAGAUGAUGUUUUAGCGAUGUAAUCUUUUGUGGACCCACUUACGGGCAAGUCUUUGUGGUUCAGCUUAGCUCCAGUGAUGCACCCAGUAAAACCAUUACUUGCCUUUCCGUCUGUGUCAACACUAGAUCCCAUAUAUAUUCUGCCAUUCGGGAUGUCUAAAGUGGUGUUACCUCCAGGUGACGUGGCCCGAGCUACAUAUGUAUCGUCAAUGACAAGUGUCGCAGUAGUCUCCUUUCUUUCAAUAGACACAGUGUGACUCCUACCGUCAUUGACUUGCAUUGUUGUCUGUGUAGCAGUUGCAACACCUGACCCCAGAUUGAAGCGAAACUGGAGAUGACCAUCAACAAUCUAAAAGAGAUAGAUACAAAGAUAUAUCUCAUUGCCGUAGCAAACGAAGAAGCAAUCACGCCCUGUGUAUAUAUGUACCUCUAGUAUGGCAAAGUUUCCCUCAUUCUCUAGACCCAUUUGAAGUAUGGUUCCAGUCGCACUGCUGGUAAUGAGAGCCAGUAUGACAUAGUUUCUUCCUGUUGUGUAGACUUCUGUCUGUCUGACAGCUCUUCUCCGCGAAGAAGAAGAAGACUGUAUUACUUCGUACUGAAUGAAACUGUCUCCCGAGAAUGUUGCAGACUCAGAAUCUAUUGAGACCAAACGCAGUUCAUUGAUGGUGGAUAGCAAAGUCUUAUAUAACUUACUCUCAUUGCAAGUUGCUCCUGCGUGUUCAACAGGACACACACAGGAAGGGGAUACGUUGACGGCAUCAAGUGGAUCACUGAAGUCCUGGACUCGACCGUUUA